AUGGAUGAAUGGAGCGGCUGCAGCGGCAGCGAGAAGAAACCCAUUGCCAUGGAGGACGGCGAGGAGAAGCUGCCCGCUGCCAUGGAGGACGGCGAGGAGAAGCUGCGCGCUGCCGUGGAUGACUGCGAUGAGAAGCUGCGCGCUGCCAUGGAGGACAGCGAGGAGAAGCUGCCCACCGCCGUGAAGGACGGCGCAAGGAGUUGCAGACAAUUUUACCCUUCUGCUUCUCUGCCUUAUGGGCUGAACGGGGGAGUCUGCCUCUGCCUCCGCCUCGCCGCGGACGCCAAUGCCGUCAUGCUCUCCGCGCGGUACCGCCUCGCCCCGGAGCACCGCUUCCCCGCGGCGGUCGACGACGGCGCCGGGUUCCAGCUCUGGCUCCACGAACAGUCCACGAACCCCUCUGCCACCGAGACUUGCUGGCUCGCCGAGGCCGCCGACUUCGGCCGCGUGUUCGUCACCGGCGACUCGGGGGGCAAUACCAUAGCGCACCACCUCGCCGUGCGCGGUUGCUUGGCCGCGGCGGCGGCCACCAAGCGCGGCGAGCCCGCCGGCCCUGACAACAUCGACCCGGUCACGGUCCGGGGCUACGUCCUCCUGAUGUCGUUCUUCGGCGGUGUCCACCGGACGUGGUUGGAGGCCGCGUGCCCCGCGGAGGUGAUCCUGAACAUGGACCUGAUCGACAGAUUCUGGCGGCUGUCACUUCCGGCCGACGCCACCAGGGACCACCCGGCGGCGAACCCGUUCGGGCCGGGCAGCCCCGACCUCGCCGCGACGAACGUCCGGCCGGUCCUCGUGGUGGCCAUCGGCCUCGACAUGAUACGCCACCACGCCGUCGACUAUGCCGAGCGGCUCGCGGCGAUGGGCAAGAUGAUGGAGCUCGCCGAGUCUCGCUGUUUCCAUGUGGAUCCCCUGCCUCAUCUCGCUGCCCUCCUCACUCGCCACCGAGGCCUUGGAUUUUUGGGCCGAGCUGGAUUUGAACCAGCGUAG